AUGGUGUAUGAUUCUUUUGAUGUGUUGGAUUUGACUUACCAAGAUGUGGUUGACAGGCCAGAAAACACACUCACCUGGAAUUGGGAGAAUACAAAUACUAAGGAAGGGGAUUCUUCUUUGACUCUAGGUAUCACUCUUACAAAACAAUUCAUUCUUUCAGACACUCUUUUGACGGGCCCCACCUCUCCUUCACCCUCUUCAGGGAGCGGCAGUGAAGCUGCAGCUGCGCCCCUCACACAGCCCAAGAAAAUUCGAGGCGUUGGGUUUGGAGAUAUUUUUAAAGAAGGUUCUGUGAAACUAAGGACAAGAACACCAAGCAGCGAAACCGAAGAGAGAAAACCAGAAAAGCCUUUAGUUAUACAACCAGUAGGAUCUAAAACUCCAAGUAUGGAGUUAACAAAAACAGACACUGAAGGGAAAACUAAAGCUAAGGAAUACUGUAGAACACUGUUUGCUUAUGAAGGCGCCAAUGAAGAUGAACUUACUUUCAAAGAGGGCGAGAUCAUUCAGUUGCUAAGCAAGGAAACUGGAGAUGCUGGCUGGUGGAAGGGUGAGCUUAAUGGUAAAGAAGGAGUUUUCCCAGACAAUUUUGCUAUUCAGAUAAAUGAACUGGAUAAGGACUUUCCAAAACCAAAGAAACCACCACCUCCUGCUAAAGGUCCAGCUCCAAGGCCUGACCUGAUAGCUACAGAGAAGAAGUAUUUUCCUUUAAAGCCUGAAGAGAAAGAUGACAAAUCAACUCCGGAACAGAAACCUUCUAAACCAGUUGCUCCCCAAGUUCCACCCAAGAAGCCGAAUCCACCCACGAAAGCCAAUAAUUUACUGAGAUCUCCUGGAAUAAUGUUCCCAAAACGACCAGAAAAACCAGUACCCCCACCACCUCCCACAGCCAAGAUUAAUGGGGAAGUGUCUGCCAUUUCAUCAAAAUUUGAAAAUGAGCCAGUCUCAAAACCAAAGCUAGAUUCUGAACAGUUACCGCCUAGGCCAAAAUCAGUAGACUUAGAUUCACUGACAAAUAGGAUCUCUAAAGAAACAGGGAAAAAAGCCAGCCUGUUAAAGUCUCUGUUCAGCAGCAACAGCUACCUCGCUAAGAGAUUUUGUUUCCUAGCCUGUUUGCCAUGUUUCCCUUCUUCCGUGUCAGGAAAUUAUCCUACCUUUCUCCAUUUUGAACUUGUAAAUUUUGAUGACAUAGCUUCCUCAGAAAACUUGCUGCAUCUCACUGCAAAUCGCCCAAAGAUGCCUGGAAGAAGGUUGCCUGGCCGCUUCAACGGUGGACAUUCUCCAACUCAGAGCCCAGAGAAAAUACUGAAAUUACCCAAAGAAGAAGAUAGUGCCAAUCUAAAGCCCUCUGAAUUGAAAAAAGAUUCCUGCUACUCUCCAAAGCCGUCUGCGCACCUUCCGAUGCCUUCAAGUGCUUCAAAACCAAAUGCAGCUGCUGUCACAGCCCCAUUAGAAGUGAAAAGUAAAGCUGAAGCCUACGACCCGAAAAGGAGCGCCCUGGAUGAACUCAGAGCUCAGACCCUCGAGUUGCUGUGCAUUGUGGAAGGGCUAAGACAGGAUCAUGGGAAAGAACUGGAAAAGCUCCGAAAAGAUUUGGAGGAAGAGAAGGCACUGAGAAGUCAUCUUGAGGUGGAAAUAGAGAAGCUGAAAAAAGCGGUCCUGUCUUCUUGAAGCAGUACGGACCCGUUGUCUUAAUGCUCCAGGGAUUCCAAAGCGACACUAUGAACUUCAACUGACUUAUUACUUAAAAAUAACAAGUGCUGAUGUUAUGAUAAAGAAAUACGAGUAUAGAAACUAUGAUAUCUAUAGAGAAGGAGUGAUAAAUUUUAUAAAUAUAUAUAUAUUGUUUUGCCAAUAUGGAAAAAAAAAGAGGCCUUAUUUCUUAUGUGCUGGGUUUGCAAACAGUUUUUUCAGUUUGCUGGAAGAUACUACUGAAUCUGUAUAAAAAGGAAAAAUUCACAAUAGUUUUUUAUUGAAACUUGUAGUAUUAUUUUUAAGGAGAUCUCUGCUAUAAAUAUGGUGAUAUCUUUACAGAUGGUCUGUAAAAUAUACUAUUCAAGAGGGACAGAAUAGCCUUAUGAUAACUAUAGUCAUUACUUUCCCCACGAUACAGAAGGGAUAAGCCUGUGUACAUAUAUAAAUAUAUUUUCUCUUUUCUGCUUCUUACAGAGGAGCACACUGCCAGGGUGGGUGCCUGUUUGCAGUGCUGCGUCUUCUUUGGGUGAUGAAAUAGGAGUUUCCAAGCUGUAAGUUAGAUCAUUCACCCAUGCAUAUAGUAAUGACUGAUGAGAUGAUCAGAAUGAUCUCUCUUAGAGUAUUUCAUAUUGCUUGCACGAUAAAAUUUAUAAAAGGAAUUUAGUUACAGUGUCUUGGGUUGCUAACUCAGGAAAUAGGAGCUCUAUUUUGAAUUCAUCAGGCUUUCGGAACUGACAUGCUAGUUUAACUCAACUUGUGCCUAGAAACUGCAGCACAUUAAGUAGGCAAACACAGGCCUUAUUUCAUACUGUCCCGCCUAUCUUGUAGACGCUAUUAUGUAUCUCAUGAUUCUGUGGUGUAAUCCUUCAUGAUCCUCCCUCUGAUUUUUGUUUUUCUGGGUAAUAUUAGGAAAGCAGAACUAUUAGGAUUCAUACUUCAACAAGAUGACGUCAUGAACUCAGGUCUCACAGUGUGUCAUUUAUCUAGCACCAAACUGGUGAUGAUCUCUUAGCUCUCCUAGAUCUAGUCACCAAGUUUAAAACUGGCAUAUCGUGAAGAAGAAAAACAAAAGUUUUUUUCAAACCAAAUAAAGAGACCAUAUUCAGGAUGCAUCACCAAACAGGUGAAUGUUUCUCCAGUCCAUUAGGAAUAGCUAAAUCCUGUAAAAAUAUUUUAUGUAAAAAUCGCAUGUCCUAAAACAUGAGUCUAUACUAAGCCCCACAUGAAAAGGGAAAAGGUUCAUUUCUUUAAUUUGAAACAAUAAAUUAGGAUUUAAGCUUUCUUAGAGCAAAUAGCUUGUCUACCUUUUGUUUGUAGCCACCAAAACAAGUUUUUUUCCUUUAAGUUUUAAACUUUAAUACUGAAAUCUGCUUCAUUAAUUUGUCAUGUCUCAAAUAAAUUAAAAUGUAAAAUAAUUGAAAUUUUAGUACUUAAUUAUAAAAUGUUAAAUUCACACUUUACAUUGUUAUUUUUUGGGGAAAUACGGUCAUGCAUUGAACACAUACAUCACUCAUUUUAACUUGUUGAAGUCCGUGGACUUCUAAAGAUGAGGUCACUACUGAAGAAAGCCUUUUUCUUCCUUAACUAGUGUUUUAUAAUGUCAGAUGGAUGAUUCCUUUCUAACUAAAUAAAUUGAUCCAAUUGCUUUAAGGGAGUUUUAUCUUUUAUCCUCCCCCCCCCCCCAGUGUGUUCUGGAAAUUAUCUUAUAGUUUUUAACUCAAAAAUCUAUAAAAAUAACCCUUCCUGGCUAGGUGGUGGCGCACCUGGUUGAGUGCACAUGUUACAGUGCACAAGGACCCAGGUUCGAGCCCCCGGUCCCCACCUACAGGAGGAAAGCUUUGUGAGUGGUGAAGCAGGGCUGCAGGUUUCUCUCUCCCUCUCGAUCACCCCUUCUCUCUUGAUUUCUUACUGUCUCUAUCAUAUAAAUAAAGAUAAUAAAAUUUUUAAAAAAUAACCCUCAUUUUCAUAACAGGUUUAGGAAGUUCCCUGCAGACUGUUUUAAAGGUUUUGUUUUUUUUUUCUCUCCUUAUCACGAAUACUAAGAUAAUAAAAUUGCUGCCUUAAAACUCCAGUUAGACUAGAAACUUUUUUUUCAAGUGUUGUCCCUUUUUCUGCUAUUAGUCAAAUAAGAAAAAAUAAACCAAAAAAAUUCAAAGAGGAAAAAUCAUGAAUCUAGCAGUUUGCCAGUUUUCCCCUUGAUACUGGACAUUUUGAGUUAAUUACAGAAUUAUAAAUUUACAUCGCAAAAUAGUGUGCAAUAAUGUUAGCCUUAGGGCAAAAAUUCUGUUUACACCCCCUGAAUCAUCAUUGUGCCCAGAUCAGAGGUGAAGAGCAAGGAAUGACAUUGCCAACUCACUCACUAGUAAACUUACUGUUCAAGUUUGCUGUUGUGGAAAUACAUGACAUUAUUUUCCUCAUUUUUAUUUCAACAUCAGACGUAGUGUGCUUACCAUUUGUCCAUAGACCUGUUAACUAUCUGACCACUAAACUACAAUCUCAGCUACAAAACUGUUACCUCUUUAUACUAUAUAAGUCUAAAGAUGGGACGCAAAGAUGGGCCAGCUGUAACAAGAGUAUCUUCUUAUGCUUCUUAUUGUGAUCACAGGGAAAAACAAAAUCCCUAAGUGUUCUACAUUUGUUGGUAGAUAUUUGACGCUUGCAUCUAAACUUGAAAUAUAUAAACACAGCAAGACAAUCAAAUCAUAAUUGAAAAGUGUUCAGUUUUAUUUUGCUGGAGCAAUCAGAUGACCACAGGCAAUGACUUCAUUGAAUAAAAUUAUCUUUAAUAAGUUUUGCUGCUAUGAAUAUUUCUAGCCAUAAAAAUUUGCCCCAGCUUUAGCCUGAUCUGCUUUCAGUAACUAUUUAUGUAAUACAGUUGGUGUUGUGAUAUUCUAACAUUCCAAAAACAAUAGUCCGUAUGUGCGGACACUCAACACAGUACACUUCACUGACUUGUUUACAGGUGCUGUUAAAAAAAAAAAAAGAAGUAUGCUUCUCUCUCAAAAAGGAAAACUUAACAAUAAAGACUAGUUUUGCCAGU